GCAGAGCCGUACGCAGAAGGCGUGGCCUUCGCCAUAGGCGAGGGGGGCCGGGAGUUCUUGAGGGCCUCUUUGCUGCACUUCACCGAAGGCCGCGCACUCCAGGGCGCCAGCGUCUCGCAGCUGCUGCGCCUGGCCCAGGCUUUAGGGCUGUGGCCGCUGGUGCAGCGCAUUCGUGCGGAGCGCGUCAGCGGCUGUCUUUCGGGUCUUCAUUUGGCCUUUGCGAAUUUCAAAGCUGCGCAGAGCCGCAGACGGCGGCGCAGCAGCAGCGCCUCGAUGCACGUGAUCCGCGACUCGGGGGGGCGGAUCCUCAACAUUAUCUACGAUCCCAGCAAGAGCCUGACCAUUGGUCUGCACGGGCGGGUGCGGCUGAAGCUGCUGAUCACGCGGCGGAUGGAGGAGGACCCUGCGCAGGCGACCGCACUGCUGAUCGAACACGGACUUGAACGAGUUCGCCUCCGCUACGCCACCGUCGCCGAACUCCUGGCCCUCGCCUGG